AUGUGGCUCAUUUUUCGGAAUGCCAUCCUAACUAGACAUCAAAAGAUUCAUACAGGGGAAAAGCCAUAUAAAUGUGUGGAGUGUGGAAAGUGCUUUUCUCAGAAUGGCAGCUUAACUGCACAUCAAAAGAUUCAUACUGGGGAGAAGCCAUACAAAUGCUUGGAGUGUGGAAAGUGCUUCUCUCAGAAUGGCAACCUAACUGCACAUCAAAAGAUUCAUACUGGGGAGAAGCCAUACAAAUGCUUGGAGUGUGGAAAGUGCUUCUCUCGGAAUACCACUCUGAUAGCACAUCAAAAGAAUCAUAUCAGGGAGAAACCAUACAAAUGCAUGGAGUGUGGAAAAUGCUUUUCUCAGAAUAGUACCCUAACUGCACAUCAGAAGGUUCACACAGGGGAAAAGCCCUACGAGUGCAUUGAGUGUGGAAAGUGCUUUUUUCGGAAUGCCAUCCUAACUAGACAUCAAAAGAUUCAUACAGGGGAAAAGCCAUAUAAAUGUGUGGAGUGUGGAAAGUGCUUCUCUCAGAACACCACUCUGAUAGCACAUCAAAAGAAUCAUACCAGGGAGAAACCAUACAAAUCCUUGGAGUGUGUGAAAUGCUUUUCUCAGAAUAGUACCCUAACUGCACAUCAGAAGGUUCACACAGGGGAAAAGCCCUACGAGUGCACUGAGUGUGGAAGGAGUCCGGAUUUCCCAGGAGCCAGAGUCGAGAAGUUUAGCUUCUGGGAAGAGGCGGAGGAUGGCGCCAGGCGCACGAUCGCCAACGCCCCAGAUCCGCUGGAAGGCGUUGCCACUCCUCGGGCGGUGCAAGCAGCCGGGCGCGCCCCGUUGGGUGCAAAGGAAAAGGGUGUGGGGGGCGCCCGCUUGUCCCGUGACUCUUUCCUGCCGGCUGGUAGAAAGUCAGCCUCCCCCAGGCUCGUGAGCAUGCGCGGAGUCCGCCGGGCGCUUGCGCGACGCUGA